AUGAAUCCCAAUAAUAAAAACUUUGCUUCGUCUCAAGUCAAUAUGCCGAGAAAUGGCAUGAGCGAUAAUAACCAUCAAAAUAAUAAAAAUAUAUUAAAUUCCCAAUAUGGCAAUAAUAUGAACGCAUUUAAAAGGAAUCUUUUAGAGAAUGGUGAUGACCCAUCCAAAAUACCUUUAUCACAUUAUAAUAAUAACGUUAAUUUUAAUAACAACAAUAAUAUGAUGAAGGGAACAUCAAAUUCGUCGCCUAUCAACUAUUCUAUUAGAAAUCCUAAUUUCCAAAAUACCGAAAAUGGGAUAUAUAAAACAAACAAUAAUAUGUAUAGUUCUGAGUAUGCGAAUGGGAGUAGUAACAACAAUAAUUUCAAUAGCUCAAUGAUGCCCAAUUUAAAAAUGAAAAAUAUUAUUACAAAAGGGAAUGGUAAUCCAGUUAAUACAAACAUGAGUAAUAAUAACCUUAUAAAUAAUAUGAACUAUACUAAUUUUCCUAAUAAGUUGAAAGGAAAUAUUGAUGAUAUUAAUAAUAAAAAUAAUUAUAAUAUGAUUAACACAAAUAAUAAAGUUGCUAUUCCUAACAUAUAUAGGAAUAUGGAUGCAAAUAAUAAUAAUAUCGAUGCAUCUACUAUUAUUUCUAGUAAUACUUCUAGUUUAAAUACACAAAAUGGAAAUAAAAGUGGGAAUUUGAAUAGCGUCAAAAGUAUUGAUUUAGUUAAUAGAAAUAAUUUAGUUAAUAAUAUGCGCAAUAUGAACAAUUCAGGUAAUGUUAUUAGAAAUAAUAAUUUUCAAAAUGUAAAUGGAAAUAAUAUGAAUAAUAUAUAUAUGAAUAUGGAAAACGCCAAAUCAGGAAUUGAUAAUUUCAAAAAUAAUUCCAUGAAUCCAAAUGUAAACACCAUGAAAAAACAAAUGAAUACUAUUGGAGUCAAUGGAAGUAAUAACACGCCUAAUAUUAAUAACAACAUGAACAUAAACAUAAAUGGGUACAAGGAAAUGGCGUCCUUUCAAACUUUGAAUCGUACUCAUAGUCAUAAAAUUGACAAUAGCAGCAACAUCAACAAUAUCAAUAGACGAAGCAACACAGUUGGUGCUUCUAAUAAUAGUGUUAAUAGAAAUGUUAAUGGACUCAUUAGAGGCACUGAGCAUGGCAAUAAUAAUGAUGGAAAUAACAUAACUAAUCAAUACUAUAAUGCGAAUAAAUUACAGGGCAGUAUGAUAGAUCAUAAUGCUAGAAACAUUCCGAAAAAUCUAAAUUUGAAUUUAAAUAAACUGCCAAAUAUGCACAAUAAUAAUAAUGGCAAUCCAAAAUAUAUAGAUAACAAAUCUCCUAUGUAUAAUAUUAACAAUAACAUAUAUAUAAACGAAAAUAAUGGAAAUAGUGAAAAUAAUAGAAAUUUUUCCAAUAUACAGCGAAAUAAUAAAAACAUAUAUCCCCAAGGAUUUUCUGAAAAGAUAAAUUCUAUGCCAAAUAAUGAAUUAAAUAAUAUUCAAAAUUUUGUCUCAACAAAAACUGAUUCUUCUUUAGUUGGCAAUAACGGAAUUAACCCUACAAAGAUAAUGAAUUGUAUGCUUCCUAACAUUGACAAUACUGCAAAUGGUAUGAAUAUUGUCAAAAACGGUGACAAUAAUAAUCUGAUUAUUCCGAAAAAAAGGAAAAAAGGAAAGGACAAAGAUGUAAUCACGUUAAGUAAUCCAACCAACAAUCUUCUAGAAAAUAACGGUGAUAAUAAUAUCACUAUUAAUAAAAAUACAUAUUUUAAUAAUCAAAAUGUAAAUAAUGCAUUAUUAGGCCAAAACGCCGAAGAAUUGAAAAAUCAAAAAAUGUCUAAGAAGAAGCAAAAAAAUAAUGAUGACAAUCCUUCAAAAAAUGAUGGAAAAAGGAAAAAAAAAAUGAUGGAAAAUAAUUUAAAUAAUAUGCCUAUACCAGCAUAUCAAAACAAUAGCAUUUCCUCGAUGCCCAAUCCUAUGACACAACAAACAGAAAGUAUAUUAAUGAGAAAUGUAAACACUGUAAAUAGUGCAACCAAUCAUACUAAUUGGGCUGGGUUUCCAAGUACACAAAAAAACAUCACACCUGGUACCGAUUUUAUAAAUAAUGGAGAAGUAAAUGGCAGUAAUAAUAAGUCAUUAAGUUCUUACAAAGGUGCAAAUAUAGACGAAAACAUAAAUAAUAACAAUACAAAUAAAGAAAUGAUGUCAAAUGGUGAUCAAAUGAAAGUAGAUCCUAAAUAUAUUUGGUUAUUUUUGAAUAAUGAAUUUAAUGAUAAUAAAACAAAAUAUGCUCAGAUAUUACCAUUAUUAAAGCAUUAUUAUCCAAAUAGAUUAAACGAUUUAAUACUUCUUUUAGAAAAAUACUCUUUAAUGAAUUUGAAUUAUAUUAUUAAUUCAUCCUAUCAAUUACAAAUGAAACUCAUCAAAAAUUAUAAUAGACUUGAAUCUGAAAAAUCAGGUAAUACAAAUGGAAAUAAUCCAAUGCAUAAUGAAAAUAUACCCAUUUAUGAGGGAAUGAAUUCUAGCAUUUAUAAUAGUAAUGCAGAAAAUAACAGAAUUAAUAAUGAAUUAAACAUGAGAAAUAUUGAAUCACGAAAUGUUGAAAAUACUAACAUUGAUAAUAAACUAUUGAAUAGCAUAAAUAAUAAUUUCAAUAAUCUAAUGUAUAACAUGAAUCUUGAUGGAUCAUUAGGACGUUCGAAUACUAAUGAAGAUAUUGUUAAUAAUAAAAAUACUACCAAGGGUAAAAAAAGUAAUAGCAAAGAAAAUACUUUUAAGGAUGAAGGAACUAAAAAACCGAGAAAGCCACGAGUAAGUAAAAAAUCACAGCAAAAUAAUAACUUACCUCCUUUAAAUAUAAUAAAUGGAACUGAAAAUAAUAUAUCUAUAGAAAACUUACAAAAAAAUAAUGAAUUAAAAAUUAAUGAUAAUGUUUCUUCUGUUGGAUUUGGCGUACAUAAUGUGAAUAAUGAAAGCUGUGACAAAAAUAAUGAUCCAAGUAAAAUUACGGAAAAUGGAGUAGCCAAAUUUUUAGAAGUAAGCAAAAGUGAGCUAGUGGAACAAUUGGGAGGAAAUAACAUAGAUAAUGAUGUUAAUAAAAAUACCAAAGUAAGAAAAUAUAGAAAAAAAAAAAAAAAUGACGGUGAUAAUGACGAGGGAAAUACCCUCAAUAUAAGCCUCGAUGCAGUUUCAAUAGACCAGAUACAAAGCUCUCCUAAUAUCAAUGAAAAUAAACGAAAGAAAAAAAAAAAAAACGAAAAUAUUGAUAAUACAAAUGAAGAAAAUAGCACUGAAAUUCAAAAUUUAUUAUCAAAUGAUAAAGGAAAUGAAUCGAUAUAUGCCAAUAAAAUUGAUAGAUUAGGUAUGAAUAGUAAGGAAGAAGAUAUUAUUAAUACUCAAAUACUAGAUAGCAUAGUUUCUGAUUAUAAAAAAAGUGAAAAUGAAAUUAACCAGGGCAUAAUUAACAAUAAUGAGUGUGCUGAACGAGACGAUAAAAACAAAAUUGAUGAAGAAAGUGGUGAUAAAGAGAAUAAAAUAGAGGAAGAAAUAAACGAAACUAAAAAAAAAAAAAAAUCAAAUAAAGACGCAACAAAAAAAGAAAAAGGAUUAAGAAAAAACAAAACGAAAAAAAUGGAAAUGGCAAAUAUGCUUCAAUCUUAUGAUAGUAUUAAUGGAAUAAAUUACGCAUUAAGUGAACAAUACAAUAAUUUAUAUGGGAAAAAAAUAACAAAUAUAAAAAAAUUAUGCUAUCCGCAAAAUAAUUUAUUAGCAUAUUUAAAAGAAGCUGGUUUAUAUAACAAUUUGUUAGGAAAGACCAACAGAAUUAAUAGUAUGAAUGCAAUAAGAAAAAAAUACAAAAAAUUUAGUUUUUGUGUAAAUAAAGUCUUUAAAAAACAAAACAUAAAUGACAUAAUUACAUUAAAUGAUAAUAUAAAUAAUAAUAAACAGUUUUUAUCUUUAUUUAAAAAAAAAGAUAUACGAAACUUAAAAAGAAAAAAUUUAUCCUUUUUUAUGGACAAAUUAGACUUUCAAAAGAUUGAUUUAUUAAUAAUAAAAAGAAUUCAUAUAUGUAUGGAAAAAAUAAAAAACACACUUGGAUUAACUUGUGUUAUAAAUAAUGUAGAGCAAAUUAUAAAAAUAUUAAAAGAUGCAUUUAAUGACAGAAUGAAAUUUAUAUGGCCAAUGAUUGAAUUUUCAAACAAUUAUAGAUUGGAUCAAUAUUUUCAUGUAUUAGGAAAAAACAGAAACCAUCCAAAUUCAAAUUUUAGAGACACACGGAUCGUCGUUAAUCAGAACAUAAAUUCAUUGAUAAUGUAUUUUAAUCAAAGAGAUAUCGAUGGUAGAAUGAUUGAAUAUUUGAAAACCCAAAUGAAACCAAGGAAAAGGAAAAAAAAAAAUAAAAACAAGGAAGCGUUUAUCGAGGAUAAAACUACAGAAUUCUUCAAAAGUAUUAAUACAAUUCCCACAGAAAAUGCCACAAUUAAUAGUGCACAUAAUUGGGAAAAUGCCCAAGCCAAAGCCAAUGAAUUUGCAUUUGUUGGUUAUAAUCAGAAAAGGUUACUAACGCAGAUUACUCCAUAUGACUAUAAAAAUAUUCUCAAUUCUUCUAUUUGUAAUAAAAUAUUUACGAUAAAAUGGAAGGAACAACAAACUGCGAUUAUUAAUAAUCUGCAUUAUGACAUGAUUCCAGACACUGACGAAAUAAGAAAGCGAUUCGAGAACAUAUAUGUUAGAUAUAUGGGAUAUAAUGAAAAAGAACUAUCGUUAAAAUUAGAGAAUACAAUAAAUCCUAGCAAAUUAAAAUUUUCAAAAAAAAAUAAGCAUCAAUUAAAGGGAAAAGCGCGGAAGAAAAAAAUUGACAAAGAUAAUGAAAACAUAGAUAAGGAUAAUAUGAUUAAAAAGCCAAAAAGAAAAUAUGAAAGAGUAAAACCUCGAAAAAAUAAAAAUAAAAAUGAAGAAAAUAAUAAAAAUGUUAUGGAAAAAAAUGAAAAUGGUGAAACUAUUGAAAAACCUGAAAAUGUUAAAGACGGUGUUGUAAAAAAAAAAGGAAGAAAACCCAGAGAGGGGAAAAAUAAAAAAAAUAAAAAUGCAGAUACCGAAAAUAAUGACUUGACUGUUCAUAAAGGCGAUCCUAAUAAAGUAUUACAGGCAUCACUGGAUUUUAUGAAUCCAAAUAUGUUUACAUAA